AUGAGAGAUAUUAGAGCAGCUCCAAGUGUAAGCCAUCCUUCAAUAUGGCUCUCCCCAGUCCCAUAUCUGUUGGGGGCAGUGGGAUCCAUGAUUGCUCUUAUAUUCAUUGCUCUGAUAAUUCUAGUAUGCUCCCACUGGAGAAAUCCCAGUACUUCUUCCCAAGAUGAUAGUAAUAACACAAGUGAUUCAAAUCUUGGGGAGAUCAAUGAAGGGAUGAAGAAGAAAGUGUUAUAUUGUUCAGAGGAUAACAAGAGUGACAAGGUAAUUGUGAUAAUGGCUGGUGAAGUUAUGCCAACUUUUAUUGCUAUGCCCAUCACUCUGCAGAAACCUGCAACUUAA